CAGUGACAGUCGACUCUUAAUUAUAUUACACAUUUAAUAAAUAUAAUAAAUGAUAUUCGACCGUCGUCUUCGAUUCUUGCAAGACUACCUAGAAGAGAAAUGCUAUAAGAAUCUGCAAGUAUGCAAUGCUCAUGGAUUGUUUCAUUUAACCUGUCGGAAUGACAAUCUCAUUGAUAUCGACCAGGCAGGGGAGCUGCUCCUUUGUGCCAACAGGUCUUGCUUCAGCGUGGUAAAUAUCAGUACGGAUCUGUAUAAUAACCGAGAUCUUCGGCGUGGAAAUGAACUAAGAACUCAAUGUUCUUGCGGCGGUCUUCGUAAUAGUUGGACAUCACCAUCUCCAUGUGACACUGUUUUUACAAAGACGUUUAACUACAGGACCCACUGCAAUGACGCUAUAUGGUAUCCUGGAGCUAAUCAUAAGUUCAUCUCAGUUGGCGACACCCUUAUUAAUGUUUGGGACUUGGAGAAGGGUGUGAUAGACUAUACUGCGAGUGUCAAUGUAUCCACCGUGAAGAAAGUUGCUGUGUGUCGCGGAUCAGGUAAAGAAAAUGUUAUUGUUGUCGGUUUAUCAUGUGGGUCCAUAUCUAGCUGUGACCUUAGGACUCCGGUUGCUUUCAACUAUCCUAACAUGGCAGGUCGUGGCGAAAUUACCUCGAUAAGCUGUCAAUACCACAAUGACAAUACUGUUAUAUGUGGUUAUGAUGAUAAUAAUGUAUGUGUUUGGGAUCUUCGGCGAUACAACCAUCCUUUGGCACGGCUUGGUUCUAAGGGUGCAUUGACGCCUCCGUCUGUAAUUCACGGAUGCCACGUUUCUGACGGUCGGAAGGGGCGGAAACAUUUAACUGAAAUACCAGCUACCCAUAGUCAGGAAUUCGACCAGGUGGACGACAUUUGGUCAUAUUUGAUGAAAGCCGGUGGAAAACCUACUGAUAAGUCUCUCGUAAAGAAAGAACGGGAUCCCAUUGCUGUAAAAGUUGAACCAAAAUUUGAAACCGAAUCCAUUUUAGCAUUAACCAGUUUUCCUACAAAGCCGAAAUCAGGCAAAUCUUCUAUUUCAAUAACUGAUUUAUUAUUACCUCCCAAAGUGAGGCGUGGGAAUACCACUACUGGCAGAUCAGUAUCUGCUGGAUCCAGUGUUGGCAAAAUUAGGAAAAAUAAACCUAGGGAGACUCAAUCCCAACCAGAGACACCCGGUGGAUUAUAUUCAAUAUCUGAUUUACCACCUUCAACUCGGAAAGAAUAUUCACAACCUGAUAGUGAGUCGGGUUAUUCCUCAAUGCUCUUAUCUGAUGACCUUGAUAUCCCUUGUACUCCUCCAUCACCACGUAAACUUAAGGGCAAAAAAGGGACUCCACCCAUCCAUCACCAUGAACAGACCCGUAGCGUUACAUCACAUUCGUCACAAUCAGUAAGACCUUCCAGAUCAUCCAUCUCACCGUCGGUGAAUAGGGCUACUCCUAAAACAUCAUCAUUCCAGAGUUAUUCACCCUUUUCUUUUGCUAAUCUGGGUAGCAUCAACAGUAGCAGGGAAUCCGAUGAUUCAAGGCGGCGGAGCGCAUCACUGGAUUCGGACUCUUGGUCAAGGACUAACUCUUAUACACCUACGGAAUACUCACAUUCUCAGCCAUCAAGUCAAUCAGAAUCAUCGGGUUUAAUCGAUAACAUUAUGGAUGCACGUCAUGGUGACGGUACCACUGCAGAUAGUUUUUGCAGAAGUGCGGCUACCAAGACACUUGAUGGAACGUUGGCACAACAACGACUACAGAAUACUCAUUCCCCAAUGUCAUUUCGACCAAUUGGUACAAAUUCAGUAAGGGGUUCAGCUCGGAAUAUUACUGGGGAUGGUGAUACUACUCCAUUGCAUGGAAUUGAAGGCUCACAUGGUAAUAUAUCGCCCAAGAGUAGUCGCACGCCGAUACCAUCGAACAGGAAGCGUGCGCGUGAAUCAUUAUUACCUAUUGACAAUGUAAAACCGGAUACUGAGACUAGUAAGAACGUUGUGAAAAGUCCAAUUACUAAGCUGGGAUCUACCGCCAGUACCAAAAAUGUAAAUGUCUGUAGCCACGGUAUAGCUACAGACAUUAAAUCCACUUGUGAUGGUAAAUCUCUGUUUGUUGGUAGACAGAAGGGGUAUAUCGAGUACUAUGAUGCGAGGAAUUACAGGCUCAUAGAUUACUACAAUAUAAGUGCCCUAUGUCAGCCAUUUGAAACCAAAUCUUUAUCAUACUCACAACGCCUACGUCUCGUUUGCCGUGAUGGUGGUAAUUGGGUUAUGUUUAACAUGAAAAACAAGGUUGGCGUUCUAGAUACCCGAAAAGGUUCGGUAAACUGCUUGGUGCCUUUGCGUUGGAUUGACCACGAGUUAUUAGUAGAUGAAGCUUACAUUCCUUCGCAUUCACGCAAAUCACAGGAUGCGAGUUACGUGACUGCCCUUACAGCAUAUCCGGGAAGACGUGAGGUAUACGCUUUAAAUGAAUAUGGAGAACUGUUUAUCAUCCAUCCAGAUAACAAUUCAUUAUUUGGGAACAUGAAUCGUGACGAUGACAACACUAUGGCUUUGGGCAUAGUUGAUAUGCUAUAAGAACAUUAGCAUUAAUGUAGUUUAAAUUGGUAUA